AUGGUCCCUAAAUCCUCCGAGGCCUUUGCCUCCAUCCCUCCGGACGACCCCCUUCUUCCCGUCCUAAAGGACUGGGUUCAUGCUGAUGACCGCAGCAGCCUCACUCGGGAGUUGGUGCCCCAGGUCGAGACCAAAUAUAAAGAAGCUUUGGCCUCCCAGACCUCCCAGAACUCCGAGUCUUACUCCAAGUGGCUGGAAGAGGCGCAAAAUGAUCACCUCCGCCCCCUUUACCGCUCCCUUCGAGCUGACGAGCAAACCUUGGAACGGCCGUAUCGGGAGUUCACUCCCCUGGCGCGGCCCUAUAGGCGGCUAGAAUUUUGGUGUGAGGUAUGGCAGGGUAACCUGGUGUCGCCAGCCCCGCUCCAGGGGGAAGUAUGGGAUGCCUUGUGUGACUUAGCCCGGGAGCAGGUCCGUUCCCUGCCCAAGCAUUCUGCUAGCUCCGUCGCCAAGAUAUGCGCCGCAAAAAAUCCCAAAAAAGGAGGCCCGGACGGCUGGGAUUUCAACGAUCUUCGGGACCUGCCUUGGGACGCGUAUGCAGUUCUCGCCGAUGUCUUCAACAAAAUGGAGGAGGACCUUGUCAUUCCCCUCCAAGUUUCUCAGGUCCAGAUUGUUCUUCUGGCCAAGAGUGCCUUGAAGGAAAGACCUAUCGGUCUUACAUCAGUCCUAUGGCGGCUUUGGUGUAAGACUCGGCGGUUCUUGGUCGGCCAGUGGCUGGACUCUUACAUUCCUGAUCACCCUUUUGACUCGGCGAUUCCAGGCCGUACCUCGUUAGACGUUGCCCUGGCCAGGAAAUGCUCCAAAGAGUCUGCCAGAGUCAAGGACUUGCACACUGUCUCGUUGUUCGUAGACAUUAAUGGGUUUUACGACAGCGUUUCUUGGCAGAGGCUUUGCGAACAAGGCUUGCGGUUGUCUUUCCCAGCCUUGGCCCUGUGCCUCUCCCUUCGCCUCUACCAAGGUGGUCGCACGGUGGUGGGUGAAUCCCAGCCUAGUCCAACCAUCUUCCCAGGCCGGGGCAUGAUCCAGGGAUGCCCGUACGCUCCCACCUUGGCCAAGCUUACCAUGUCCGAACCCUUACAUAGACUGAACCGAGUCACAGGCUUGGAUCAUUGCGACGUAUGGUUGGACGAUGUCUCUGCAGAUUCCCUCCACGCCUCGCCGGAUAUAGCCGCGGGAGCGGCUUAUGAAGCCUUUCGAGUGCUCAAGUCCAGCCUUCAGGCUGAAGGUCUCGUCCUCAGCCAAGAGAAAACAAAAUUUGUGGCCGGCGCACCCCGCUCAGCUGCGGCGCUGCGAAAGCUGUUGCGGCCAGGGGACCCUGACUUAGUCGACGUGGUCAAGGAUUUAGGCCUUGACAGUGGCAGUGGACGCCGGCGCAGGACCACUACUGCCCAGAAACGCUUCCGGGUAGGUGGCCUCCGUAACCUGAAGUUGGGUAAGCUUCGCAUUCCGUCACGCCGUGUCCGGCUGCGGUUGCAUCGUUCUAGUGUAGUCACUUCGGGUCUUUAUGGCCAUGAGGCACAGGGGGUCGCCCCUAAACAUAUGAAAACUAUGCGCGCAGCGGUGGCCCGACACGCAGGCAGGAGCCGAUACGGUUCAACGGACACCAUCCUAGACAUGACAGCCCAUGAGGUUCAGGAUCCUUACCUUAUUGUGGUGACCCAGCAUGUGGAAAGUCUCUUCAGGAUGAUGGCCAGAUGCAACCGCAUGGGCUGGGAGGCAGUAAAGGACACUUGGAGAGUGGUCUGGAAGCGGCUGGAGGCUGCGAAGCACGGCUGGUCCGUGGUCACCGGACCCAUCUCAGCCAUGUGUCAAUACCUCCGCGACCUCCAGGUCGACGGCCACGAUCCUUCCCGCUGGGUUUUUGAGGAGCGUGUUCUUGAGAUCAAGCCUUCUGAGGUUUCGGUUGUCUGCCAAACCUCGUCCUUCCUCACGGACAUCAUCAAGACCCAGAGGUCUCGUCGCAUGGGAUCGGCCUCGUCGGCAGCGGGUGCUGGUGGCGGGGUCGACUGGACCGUCCCGCGUCGCCUGCUCAAGUCAGUGCGCACUAAAACUACCCGGUACGCUUAUCGGGCGGUUUUCCAAGGGUCCAUUCUCCAUAACGGCAACGGUGGCAAGGAUGUCUGUAAGUUUUGUGGUGAUUCCGGAACCACCUUGCGCCACCUCAUGUAUGAGUGCCCUUCCUUCCCCGGUGGCAUGCGGUUACCGGGGUAUGUUCUGGCGGAGAAGCGCCGUUUCCCUGAGGACUGCCUGUGGCUUCGGGGUAUGCUUCCCCUUAAAUACCUCCCAGUCGCUCCCUUGGGGGACCUAGAAGUGGUCAAGACAGGCGUGUUUCUUACGUCCUCCCAGGUAGUAGCAGACGGGCUGGUGGUUGCUACGGACGCGUCAGGGGGCAUGUUCACCAAGGAUCCGAGAUUGCGAAGGGCCAACCAAUGUGCGGACGAGCUGGCAGGCAAACGGGCUGCCACCAUCUCGCCUGUAGCGGGGCGGAAAGUCCAGGACCUGGAUAGGCUCGUAACCAGGAUCUGUGACUACCUGGACGUAGAUGGCUGUGCUCCGGGUGCCAUCUUACCCUCCUUCCAGGCCUCGGUUUCCACUCCGGAGAUCGAUAUGGCGCGGCGCUUUCCCCGGCUCAUGGCUCCCAUCCUCACCAGUGGCUCCAUGUGGAUUGGGCUAGGACCCGAAGGUGUGCCAGGUGCGGGCCGGUUCCUGUACCACGUGCAAGAGCACCGUUGCCAGGCCCGUGAGUGGCUCCAGGAAAAUGCUGCCAAUGGUCUCCGUGUGCACUCCUACCUUCUGGCCACGUUGGCCACCUUGUUGCACUUGUAUGUCUGUGGGGUAGAUGCCAAGGAUGUUGGCAUUUCCAACCUGAGCCACAGGCCGCAGGUCACGAGGAUGGUUCCCCUUCCGGCCUUCAUCGAUGCCAACAACUGGGGCCCCUCCCAUGGGAGGCCGGAAUGGACUGGCUUUUGGAGGGUAGUUGCCAAAUACUGCCCCCAUGAUGCGGGCUACUUUCGGCAAGUUUCCAGGGGUCCACCCCAGGCGUGUUUUGACCAGAUAUGUAACACCCUGGGACCCUUGGGGGAGGAAGUUCGCUGGCUGUGCACCACCCCGGCCUAG